GUCAAAAUUCACAAUUUUCAUUCAUUUCGAACUAUUCCUGGCCAACAUGCUCCGUCUCUUCAAGAUACAAAAAACUCCGUUGAGUCAAUUUUCCAAGGCUUCAAACGAAAUUGUCAAGGAUUUCAUUGAGAAAAUGGAAAAAGCAGCUGGAUCCGGCGAUAAAGUCAAGUUUUCUGACUGUUUUACGGAGGAUUUUCAGUUUUUUGCAUGCAGUUUUACUGCGAAUAAAGCCCAGUUGGUUGAAAAACAUCUGACCAAUCCGAAUCCCGAGCCAGUGAUUCCAAAAUAUUCGAAUUUCGAUGAAAAUGAUUCAAAAAUCAAAUUCACUGUUUCGCGUCGUGUUGGACCUGAAGUCAAUAUUGUGGAUUUCGAUCUUCUUCGUGAGAACGACGGUCCAUGGAGACUUCAGUCGGGAAAAGUUACUAAUUGCCCUUAACUCUUAAAUAAAUGUUUGUCGGUUGCCGAGACCAGCAGUCAU